UGAACAUCAUAUAACAUCGGUCACAUUUAUUCUCUGGAAAUGACCUGAUCAAUUCAUUUUGGGAUUUAGACUGAAAACAGUGGCUGGCAAGGCUUUCAUACUGUCUUGCGGUGGAAUAGGCUACUCUGAUGACGUUUGAACCAUCCGACUCUCCGUACCAGAAAGAAACGACAGCCUCCAGUGGCUGUAUUAUUUGUCCUCAUAUCAAGCUUAUGAGCAAAUAUGUAAUGCCUACCAGGAAUUCGCGGAAAAAUAUAUAGUUGAUUUGAAGGUAGUACUAAUAUACUGCUUAAAGAAGAUGAGGGAGCCAUUUGAACUGUCUGUUAUUUUCCAAGACGUUUUGAUGCUUGUGCAGGGCUUCACAAAAAAUGAAUUUACCGAUACCAUCAUCUGUUGGAAAUAACGGUAUCGCGCUGCUUUAUUGCGUUGGUAUUAUGUAGCUUUAUACUGCAUAAUCUAUGCAUUUUCCAGCCCUUAAAGCUUUUCGGCUGAACUGACAGUCUGGUAUUUUGAUAGUCUGCUGAACACCAACAAAGAAAUGCAUCCAUAAGAAGAUAAUUGGUGCUCUGGCUCGCUUGUUAUCACGAGGUGACUUUGUCGAGCCGUGGCCCAUGGGACUGGCACGGGUUGGAGGCUUGACGGAUGCCCGUAGCCGAGCAGCGGCCACGGCCUCGACCAUGACCCGGCUGAUGUUGGGCCGGACCCUGGAGCGGAUCUGCAAGGGCGUGCUGCUCCUGUGCCUGGUGCACUUCGUCAUCAUGAUGAUCCUCUACUUCGACGUCUACAGCCAGCGCUUCGACAUCUUCAGCCGCUUCAACAACGGCCGUGGCGCCAACGCCUCCCGUGCCGCCGGGGCCCACCACUACUACUACUACAACUCCACCAGGCCCAACGCCACCUUCGCCAACUUCCUGGCCACCGCUGACCAGCUGCUGGCCAGCGGCAGACCUGAGGCCAACCACACGCCGCCCACGCCCAAGCCCAUACCGCCAUGCCCAGAGGUGCCCCCCGGCCUGGUGGGUCGCCUGCUCAUCGAGUUCAGCUCGAUGAUGACAUUCGAGCGCGUGCUGAGGGAGAACCCCAACGUAACGGAGGGGGGAAAGUACACGCCGCACGACUGCCGGGCCAAGCAGAAGGUGGCCAUCAUCAUCCCCUUCCGCCACCGCGAGCACCACCUCAAGUACUGGCUGCACUACCUUCACCCCAUCCUGCGCCGACAGAAGAUCGACUACGGCAUCUACAUCAUCAACCAGUUGGGGGAGGAUACCUUUAACCGGGCCAAGCUGCUGAAUGUGGGCUACACUGAAGCCCUGAAAGACGGCGAGUACGACUGCUUCAUCUUUAGCGAUGUGGACCUAAUCCCCAUGGAUGACCGCAACCUCUACCACUGCUAUGACCAGCCACGGCACUUCGCCAUCGCCAUGGACAAGUUUGGCUUCAGGCUGCCAUAUGCGGGCUAUUUUGGUGGAGUCUCCGGCCUCAGCAAAAAGCAGUUUCUCAAAAUCAACGGCUUCCCCAACGAGUACUGGGGAUGGGGAGGGGAAGACGACGACAUCUACAACCGGAUCACACUGAACGGGAUGAAGGUGUCCCGGCCAGACGUGAAGAUCGGCCGCUACCGGAUGAUCAAGCACGAGAGAGACAAGCACAACGAGCCCAACCCACAGAGGUUCAUAAAAAUCCAGAACACGAAGAACACCAUGCGGAAGGACGGCAUCAGCUCGCUGAUGUACCGCGUGGUCUCUGUGAAGAGGUACGCACUCUACACCAACAUCUCCGUGGAGAUCGGCAAGCCCCCUCCCAGACCCUUAAGGGGAUAGCAGCUCGAGGAGGUGACCACUACCCACCAUCCCACACACACACACACACACACACACACACACACACACACACACACACACACACACACACACACACACACACCUUUGGAGGCAUCAGGACUUUCCUGCAUUCGCACCCAAGAGAAGAGAAAGAGGGUUCAAAUCCACUUUAUUGACAUUCUCAGACAUCCAAAACAAAGGGAAGCCACGGACCUGGACAUCAAGUUGCUUACCUCUCAGGAAAUGAUCAAGCUUUGCACCUGGGGAGAGGGUCCACAUACACACAUGAAGGUACUUACGCACACACACCCACACACACUUAAUUUCUCUGUAGAGACACUGGAGGGGCAGGCUGGAAAGGAAGGCCUCCCACUAAUGCAGUAACUCCGUGCAGUAGCACUACUGAACAGCCAGGGCCAACUGCUGGUCGCUGGUAAACUUUACUUUGGAGAGUCCUUUGAAGGGAGCCCAGCAGUGACUUUUUUCACGCACAGUUAAGGACAUUCUGCUGGUGUUCUGGAGAAGGGGGGGGGGGGGGUGGAACUGAAUCAAAGGACAGAAGAGCAGACGGCUCCUCUCGUGUAAAUCUGUGUGAACAUAUUGUAUAUCGCAGAAUGAAUGUGUCUUGUACCUGCAGUGACUGCAGUGAACUUUUUUUCCCUCUUCUCUCUCGCUCUCUCUCUUUCAUUCUUUCUCUAUUCCUCCCGUUCUGUUCAUAUAUCCAAGGACAUAGAUGAGCUUGACAGAAAUGGUGCUGGAAAGGAAGUUUAUGGAACAUGAUACGUUUUGGGGUGAUUUUGUCUUUCUCUCUCUUUCUUUGGUUCUGUCUUGAGUUGUUUCUUAGUUUCAUGAUGUCUUUCUUUUCCUGAAGACAAAGCAUUUUGCUUACCACGGAAUGAAGUGCAUCUCUGAAGAUAUUUUGUAAAUGGACAGAGGUCGAUUUUUCUGGAAGUCUGGUGAGAUUUACUGCAGCAGGUGAUGGACGCCCUGCUGGAAGGGCCUCUGUGGUCCGUGGUGAAUUUCACAGAAACAGUUCUGUAAACAAAACACAGUAUAUUUGUGCCGAGAACACAGUUUUUCUAAUGGUCCUUUCUUUGU